AUGCUAGCCCGCCUCCUGGCCGCCGACGGCCGCCUCCGCCUCCACCUCGCACAGAGCUCCAUCGCGUACGAUACGUACGACCCCCUCUCCUACGACGGAACCGUACCGCCGCCGGAGGGAGAGGUGGCGCUCAACGACGUCUCCAAGAUCGUGGGCGACGCCUUCUACUCGACACUGCACGGAAAUGACCAUCCUGGCCACAUCCCCUUCUCGCGUGUUGCCGCGGAGCGCGUGGCCUCGGGCCUGGGAGACGUGCUCGGUGCGGUGGGAAGCGAGGCGGGGGACGUCGGCUUCGGCGUGAGCAGCGGGCUCACGUCGGGCGGGUACAUGUCUGACGAGGAGCGCGAGAGGGAUAAGGAGGCGCUCGCCGAGGUGUGGCAAGAGGCGGGGGACGCGGUGGCUGGGCUGAUGCCCGAGCUGCUACCCAAUGCCGUGACUAAGCUCGAGGCAGGCACGUUGCGCGGUUCCGAGCAGCUGCGUUUCCUCUGCGAGACGCACCUGAUGAAGGAGGGACUCGUCUCGCUCACUGACGCCGCCGCCAACUCUGCCGCCGCCAUCCGGCGCCUCUUCGUCGGCGGCAGCGGCGCAUCGACCCUCAUUGCGGUGCCGCUAUCCCCGCGGUACAAGACGACACGCACCCGUGUGGCGAUGGUGCAAGAGUACCUCGACGCGGCUGCGGUGGCGGCAGCAGAGGAGUGUUUGGACUCGACGCAGUACUCGGUGCUGGUCGGUGGCGAUGCGCGUCUGCGCAUCGACACUCAGCAGGCGACGCAGCAGGACUUUCACCGCGUCGACCUCGUGUCAAUGCCUUUGGCGAUGGUCGCGCUCUUCUUCUUCCUAGCGUCGCAAGCGCACACUGGCCGCGCGCGCGAUUUGCCACGCGUCUUCUCCGCUUCGCUCCGCUUGCUGCUCGUGCCCCUGAUCUGCAUCCCUGUCUCCAUCAGCGUCUCCCUCGGCAUCAUUCGUCUCGCGGCGCUCGCGGGGCUGCCGAUCCAGUUCGUCGUCCCUGCGCUGGUCUGCUGCACUGUUGUCGCAAUCUCAAUCGACUACUGCCUCUUCCUGCUUGCCGCUUUCGCUGCGGCGAGGCGGCGCGGAGAGCCCACCGACACCUCCAUCUGUGUGGCGCUGCGUGACUCGGGUCACACGAUCAUCAUGUCCGGCGUCGUCCUCGCUGCUGCGUUUCUCGCGACGGCGCUCUUUCCGCUCGAUUGGAUGCUCUCGAACGGGCUAUGCUCGUGCGCGUCCGUCCUGACCACGCUGCUCGUCAACAUGAACGUCAACGCGGAUGAGGCUGCUGCUGCCACCGCCAUCGACGAGAGGGGUGUCGCCGCCACCCUCACCACCGCUGGGGGGCUCUGGAGCCAACAAGCCAAUGCGCAGAAACGACAGCUGGGCCGACUGGAUGCGCGCAUGGGGCCCCCAGCCGGGGCCGGCAGCGCCGCCACCCAGAUUCGACCCAUUCACCGGACGCCCCCUCGUGGAGGGGCAAGUGAGGCCGAAGCCGUCCGCUCCUAA